AUGCCGUGCUCAAAGACCGAUGGGUUGCACCGGCCCUCCAACAUCCACCUAAACACAGGAGCCCCUCCGAGUGUUGGAAUGUGGGUAGACUGUUGUUGUAACAGCGGAUUCCGUCAUGGGCGUGUCACGAAGAAACGGAAGUCGCAACGUCGCGUCGUCAAUUGUCGUGUUCAGCGUUCAAACAUGAGCUUCGGCAAGGAGAGCUGA